CUGUAACUAAAAUUACUUCUGCGUCAGCUGUUGCAGGGCGAGCCAUUUCUCAGAGUUUGGCUGUGGAUGAAACUGUAAUGCCAACUGCUGCAGAGAACAGCACAGUCUAUGUAGCUGAUACAGAAAUACAAGAGCAGAUGUGUAUGGAGACAGAGAAUACUCCCCAGCUGGACAGAAGAAGGAAAAUGGUUUUCCAGGAUAUAACCACUGUAGAGGAAAACCCUAGCACAAGUGGCAGUGUAAAUGCAGGAUCAUCGGUACCUAGAGUGAACAGAACAUCUGGGUUUAGUCAAAGAAGUCAUCCUGUCUCACCAUCUAAAAUUUCAGAGGCUGGUAAACCUAAAGAGUGUCCUUCACAUCACCAGUCUAACUCAAUUACAAAUUACUUCCAGGUAGCUAGAAAAAGAUUUCACAAUGCAGCCACUAAAACCCCAGGAAACUGUUGGAAAGAAACACCUGUAUCCAAACUAGCAAAAUUGGAGGAAAGGUCGUCGCCUGUUUCCAAGUGCGCUGAAUCCACAGCUUCGUCAGUAUGGAACAUUGAAGCAGAACGGCGUCAGAAGGAAAGUAACAUCCUGGACCCAGACACAAAUUUUGCAUUAGAAGAUGCCGGUGUACAUCUUAUGAGGGAAGCUGGCAAAGUAGCAAGUGAUAGAACAGACACUAAAGUUACUUCUAGUGAAAAGCAUUCAUCAAAGAAGAGAAAGGUGUUAGAUGAUUUGUCGGAAGAUACAGAGGAUCUGGAAAUUGUGUUUGGAAGCAGAGACCUAGACUGGGAAGAUCAAACUGCAGAUCACAACCAGGAAGCUCAAGGAAAUAAACGAAAAAAAGUGUGUUUGGAAGCCAAAGGAAGCUGGAUUCAAGAUGUAAGUGAAAAGCAGAGAGAGGACAAUAAAACAUUGAAAGAGGAGGAACUCCGGUCUGUUCUGACAGAAAUGAAAAGCGAGAUCAAGCAAGAGUCGCCGGUCUUGGUAAGAAACCAGUUAACUAGCAACAACAAACUUCAAGAUGACUCCAGCAAUCUUCCUAGCAGACUUCUGUUGACUGAGUUUAGAUCAUUGGUUGUCAGCCGUCCAAGACAGAACAUUCCGCUUACUGGAAAUACCAGCUACGGGGGAAAGAAGAAUUUCAAAAUGUUCAGAAAGGUGGCCUAUCCAGGGGCAGGACAACUUCCAUGCAUUAUUGGAGGAUCAGAUUUGAUUGCUCACCAUGCUAAAAAGAAUUCAGAGCUAGAAGACUGGCUAAGGCAAGAAAUGGAGGAGCAGAACCGACAUGCAAGAGAAGAAUCGCUUGCUGAUGACCUCUUCAGAUAUGAUCCUAAUGUGAAAAGGAGAAGAUAA